ACCAUCAUACCAUAUGGGUUCCCAAAGGGGCGGUAGUGACUGACUAAUGUGCAUUUAUGACAGGUGUUACCACUGAAUGUGAUUCACAUUUCCUUCAUGAACCAACCUUGGGAAAACAAACCUUUGAUGACAGGUUAUUAGUGUUUGCUUUCAGUGAAACUGGAUGUAAGUCGUGGAAUAUGCGCGUUCACAAUAAUGCCUGCAAAAGACCCGCUUAUCGAAACACUUAAAGUGUGCAUUCUGAAUUUGAAAUCUGCAGGAACUAUAACUGACUCCAACCCACACCUGACAUCCUGCUGUGAGCUCCUGGAACUUAUACUGCGAAAGGGACUACAGCAGCCUGUUCUCAGUUUGGCACAUAGAGAUUACUGGAAUUGUUUUGAACAGCUUCUGCAUCACGACACAUGUGGCAGGUUGAGUUCAGUUUCUUUGGCCGUGCAGCAGACCACAGCCUGCAGCAAGCUCAUCACCUCUCAAGGCCGAGGACGCUUCUUCAUACGGCUCAUGCUGAUGCGGAGAACCCUGGGAAAUGUCUUAAAACACCUGCUGCACACAAACAGAGUCAUGGAGUGGUAUUGCCCUAAUGUUGCUAUUCUCAGAAAUGAGGAGUUUGUUGAACCGUUUCUUUCGCUGUCUAUGGUGCUGUCAGAAAUGAACUUUAAGAUCAAUAUUGAGAACUGCAGCUUCUUGGAUGAAAGCUGGCUGCUUCCGGUGCGUCAAAUCUACGAAGCUGUUCCCUGUCGAGAGCUGGGGAUGGCGCUCAGGUACCUAGAUGGACGCGUCUUUGUACUGGACCUGCUUCAGGGUAGUCAAGCUCAGGUGGAUAUGUUUGCCGAGCCUGGUGACAUCAUUGAUGAAAUGAAUGGGAUAUCACUGAGGAAUGCUAGCAAUGGGCAGGCAGGUGUGGUUCUGUCUAAGCUGAAGGGUCAGCCCCUUUCCAUUCACUUGAUACGUUGGAGAGGAGAAGAUGGGUCUAUCUAUCAGCCACUGGUCAAACACUUACGGCAGCUCAAACAGGAAAAACCCUCACUUCAGUUUGGCCCAAAACCAGCCUCUCAGCAGGACAAAACUUCGGGUCAGAAGAGAGGGCAGACACAGUGUGUGAAAGACGGCAGGAUCCUGUACGGCGUGCACCUCUUAGGAAAAGCAAACAUAGGAAUGCAUGGAGAUAAGGAGGUCCUGCAGCAUGCCAUUCCUGUGGUUCUGCAGAGCAGUCAGGCAAGAAAGGAAGUGCUGCUGGAUGUAAAGGAGACUCAUCUUACCUGCAUAGAUAAGUCAAAUAAGCAGGAGCUGUUUCAACAUCAUUUCCCUGAGAUAUCAUGUGUUGGGAGGUUUGGAAGCCAACCGGAUUUAACUAUUUUUGCUUUUUGUGUACUAGAUUCACCGCAAGCAGGCAAACAGUCCGGCUUCUGUUGUGUGGUCCUACAGGCUGCCACAAGUAGUGAGUGUGAAGAGAUAGUUAACCGUAUAGCCGCUGGGUUCAAACAUACAGAAUGGUUUGUCUGAAAAUUCAGAUCUUGAGUGGAUGGAACAUCUUCUGAAGUGUGCAUCAGGUGUUUUUGAGCACACUACAUGUAUUGCAUUGUUAUAUAUUCUAUAUUUACAAUAUAGUUUAUCAUUUGUAUUAAUAGUAUAUUGUAUAUGAUCGAUAAAACCUUAUUGUAAUAUCCUGUAUUUGUGCAUUGUUGUUUUGAUAGAAAUAUAUUAAAUACCGAGUCUCUUUUUGUUAAAAGAUUUUAUGCUUUUAUUAAAAAAAAAUAAUACACAAAUAUUAUGAAACGUUUAAAACAAACAAUAAAUUGAAAUCAACAUUAAAUUAUAUGGACACACUGGAGUCCAAAUGUGUUGUAAUUUUGAUUUAUUUAUUUUUGCAUUUGAACUUGUAAAUGUAUAAGGAUUUAAACCGUUUUAUAAGCACAAUAAAGGAAGAAAAAAUAGAAUGAAAUCAAUAAA